AUGGCUACCAGAGAUUUUGCAAAAAUGAUCUUCCUAUCCCAGAAUAUACUUGGAAUCCUGGGAAAUUUCUCUCUUCUUUACCAUUAUCUCUUCUGUCACUUCACUGGAUACAGCCUAAGAUUCACAGACCUGAUUGUUGAGCGUCUGCUUAUAGCCAACUCCUUGGUCAUGCUCUCUACCGGAAUCCCAAGGACAAUGGGAGCGUUUGGGUGGAAACAUUUUCUCAAUGAUAUUGAACGCAAAGUUGUUUACUGUAUUCACAGAGAGGCCAGGUAUGUGUCCAUUGGCAACAUCUGCCUCUUGAUUGUCCGCCAGACCAUCAACAUCAGUCCCAGGAACUCCAGGUGGGCACAGCUUAAAGUGAAAGUUGAAUCCUCUAUUUUCCUCUGCUGGAUUCUGCGCAUGUUGAUAAAUAUUAUAUUUACUAGGUAUGUGACAGAUAAUGGGAGUAACAAAAACAUCACAAAGAAAAAAGAUUUGGGAUUCUGUUCUGCUUUAAUUCGUAACAGAAUCACAGUCUUACUGAAUGUAGGAUUAUUGUUAUUUCCUGGUGUUUCAUGUUUGGUGCUCAUGAUCUGGUCCAGUGGCUCCAUGGUUUUCAUCUUGCCUAGGCACAAGCAAAGGGUGCUAUACGUUCAUACAACCAAUAUCUCUCCAAGAUCCUCCCCUGAAUCUAGAGCCACCCGAAGUAUCCUUGUCCUGGUGAGCACUUCUGUGUCUUUGUACACUCUCUCUUCAAUCUUUCACAUUUCUUUCGCUCUUUUUAACAAUCGCAGCAGGUGGCUGGUGAACUCUGCUGCACUCAUUACUGCAUGUUUCCCAACCGUAAGCCCCUAUAUUCUCAUGAGUCAUGACCUCAGAGUAUCCAGGCUCUUCUUUUCUUGUAUAAAGAUUAAAUAA